AUGGCCUCUGGUCCGUCGUGGACCAGGGCGAAACGUCAAUCCGCCUUUCUCCGACCGUUCUCGCGGAACCUUUGGGCCAUCGCGACUUGGAUACCACUAGCAAUAUGGUUUAACACGAGCGUCGCCGAGGUCACCAUGAUCGAUGGGCCUUCCAUGUACCCUUUCUUGAACGACAACUACAACGAGUCGCUGCGCCGCGACCUGGUGCUGAACUACAAGCUGUAUGCGCAGAGCAACCUGGCGCGAGGCAUGGUAGUCUCCCUCCGGAGUCCGGUGCAUCCCAACGUCAUUUCUGUCAAGAGAGUCAUCGGGUUAGAAGGCGAUAUCGUCCACACGCGCAAGCCUUUCCCUAAUUCUUUUGCCUCGCCUUUCCAAACUUCCUCCAAUGCUGCGGCGCUGAGCCCUGCAGUCGGCAUUCUCGACGAUGAGCCUUCAGCAGUCACCAGAUUUUCGGACGGUACUCCAGGAAAGGACCGGCUCGCCGAGAACAUGAAGUCUGACAAUGCGGAUGUCGAGGCGCGACCGCCCUACCUCCAUUGUAUGCUCGCUGGAGGCCUGGGCGGGACGAGCGGCGACAUGUUGAUGCACAGCUUGGACACCGUCAAGACUCGCCAGCAGGGCGAUCCUCACAUACCCCCGAAGUACACAUCCCUUGGGUCCUCAUAUUACAAGAUUUUGCGACAAGAAGGUAUUGGUCGAGGGCUGUACGGUGGAUGGCUUCCUGCUCUCCUCGGGUCCUUUCCGGGUACUCUUAUUUUCUUCGGCACGUAUGAGUUCAGCAAACGUCAUCUGUUGGAUUAUGGCGUUCAAUCGCAUAUUGCGUACCUGUCCAGCGGUUUUCUCGGUGACCUUGCUGCUUCUAUCGUUUACGUACCCUCCGAGGUGCUGAAGACACGGCUGCAAUUACAAGGCCGAUACAACAACCCAUAUUUCCGAUCUGGCUACAACUAUCGAGGGACGGUCGAUGCAGCCCGGAUGAUUGCGCGGCAAGAAGGUGUGGGUGCGCUGUUCUACGGGUACAAAGCCACUCUCUACAGGGAUCUGCCCUUCUCUGCCUUGCAGUUCAUGUUCUGGGAGCAGGGCCAGAGCUGGGCGCGGCAAUGGAAACAGGGUCGGGAUAUAGGCGUGCCCCUAGAGUUUCUCACCGGAGCAGCCGCAGGUGGUCUCGCGGGCGCGAUGACUUGCCCGCUGGAUGUCGUCAAGACUCGAUUACAAACACAAGUGCAUCCGAGUGUGGCUGCUUCGGGUGCGGCCGAUGCUGGGCUGGGCAAGUUGAAGACGUCAACCCCUCCAGAUGCACCAGUCAAGCACACAACGGAAGCUCAUGCCGGCACUUCCACCGGCCAACCUCAAAAGCGUCUCAUUUCGACGUCGUCGCCGUCAACGCAUACUCCCCGGCCAGGAGCAGUCACCCUCGAGACUUCGUCCGUAUACACGGGACUCAAGCUCAUCUACCGAACCGAGGGCUUGGGCGGUUGGUUUCGCGGAGUCGGACCUCGAUUUGUUUGGACAAGCAUACAGAGCGGAUGCAUGCUGUUUUUAUACCAGAUUAUCCUGCGCAAGAUGGAAGAUGUUAUGCCAAUAGAGCUGCCAGAAAUGCAGUCUUGA